AUGGACCGUGACGUUGAAAAUCGUGUGCAAGAAUGUGCUGGUUGUGCUUCAGUUAGCUUACAAGGAACGCCAGAGCCAAUGCUACGCAAAGAGAUGCCUGACCGUGCGUGGCAGGAUUUGGCAGUGGACUUUUUCUCGGCUAAGGAAUGUGCCACGUUUUUAGUAUUGGUAGAUUACUAUAGCCGAUUUCUAACUGUUAUUGAAAUGAAAGCUACGAAUGCAUCAAAGACCAUCGAGGCAUUGGAAGGCAUUUUUAAAGAGCACACCUACCCAGAAACAAUUCGUGCUGAUAAUGGCCCACCUUUUGCUAGCGAAGAGUUUUCGAACUACUGCAUCCGUAAAACAUUCGCCUGGUUCGUACCAUUCCGUACUGGCCCCAAAUGA